ACAACACCUGUGAGCAAUUCUGCGUUUGCAUUUCUUUGCACAGAGAGAGUCUUGUUCGCGUUCUUUCAAAAUACAGAAUCAAAGAACAUCACAACUCUAAUUCCUAGCUCCUGCAAUCAGCGAUGCAGCAAGGAGAUUACAGCUCCGCUCCAUAUUACCAAUUCCCUCAUCUCCAGAACCCUAUUCCCAACCCUAACCCUAACCCUACUGAUCCAGUCCCCAACCCUUACGCUUCUGCACCUCCCUUCGCUUCCAAUUACGCUCCUCCUUCCGAUUACACGACAUUCCCCUCCACCUAUCCUCCGUACCCGCAAAAUCCGGAUCCUAUUCCACCCACUGCUCCUUCUUACCCUCCAUCUUCCAACCCUAAUUUGCCUUCAUUCAAUUCUUCCUUCGAAUCUAAUCCUUCGUACCAACCACCGUCGCAACCCUAUUACCCGCAGUAUGAUCAGCAUCAAACGGCUCCAAAUUAUGCCUCUCCCCCCUCCUCAAUUCCUCCAAACCCUAAUUCAAAUUCAUCAUACUCGUCUUUAUAUAACUCGGUUCCGUACAGCCACACCGGGUCUUCCGUUCCUCAAAUUCCUACAUACGAAAGCCCCUACGAGAAUCCGGUGAAACCCGAUCACGGUAGUGCUUAUUUUGAUGACAGGUAUGGAAGUUUUAAUCGGAGCCGUUCCGAUUUGGGACCUGAUUUGUAUGGGAAGCGCCCCGAUAGCGGUGUUUCGAGGUAUGAACCUGUUCAUGAUGAAGGUCACGGAGAUGGGGUGUAUGCUUAUGAUGGGGGGAAAACGGAACCUUAUGGGGCGCGUGGUACGGCUCCUAAAUCGUCGUCUUGGUCGUCGUCUUUUGAUGAUUAUGGGAGGUCGAUCAGUUUUCCCUCUCAGAAAGAAUCGUCUGUGGCAAGUAAGAUUGUGAAAGCAGUUCCAAAGGCUGAUGCCCAAGAAGAUGUGAAAAGUGGGGUGCAAAAAUUCCGGGUCAAGCUAUUGGCAGAAAGUGGUGGUCAGAGCACUAUGGAUGUUCUCUGUCAGAUUGGUUUGGAUGGAAUUCGUAUGCUGGAUCCAAAUACCAGCCGGACAUUGAGAAUAUAUCCACUUGAAAACAUAACAAGAUGCGAUAGAUUCGACUCGUCUACCUUUGCAUUUUGGUCAAAGAGUCCUGUGGACAUUGAGCCAAGACGAAUCAGAUUGCAAUCUAAUAGUUACACUACUAGCACACUCUUGGAUACAGUGACUGCUGCAACCAUACAGUUCAAGGAAAUGGGUGGAAGCAGGAGGUCUGUUGAAUCAUUGAAAACAAAUGAACAGCCUACAGAAAGAAAGAAAGGCUUUGGCGAUUGGAUGAAUCUGAUUAAACCUGCCAAUGAAGAGAAGGAUCAUUGGGUCCCAGAUGAAGCAGUCUCUAAAUGUACAGCAUGUGGCAGUGAUUUUGGGCCUUUUGUUCGCAGGCAUCACUGUAGGAACUGUGGCGAUAUUUUCUGUGACAAAUGUACACAUGGUAGAAUUGCUCUAACUGCUGAUGAGAAUGCUCAGCCAGUACGAGUUUGUGACCGUUGCCUGGCAGAAGUGACUCAGAGGCUGACUAAUGCUAAAGAGUCAUCAAGUAAACCUUUGUUGCAGAGUCAUGAGGAUCUUGCCAGGAAACUUCAGGAGGAGCUGGAGAGAAAUCGAAAGACAUCAGGUUCCAAGUCUGAUGGAUCUGGAAGACGGAUGAAGGAAGUUGCAUGUCCCAUUUGCACUGUCCAUCUGCAGGUUCAGGUGCCUAGCUCAGGUUCGGAAACCAUUGAGUGUGGAGUUUGCCAGCACCCAUUUCUUGUGAGUGCUCAUUGAGUUCAGAUAACAAUGAUACGGAUGAAGGUGUCUAUACGUCUCAGUUUAAAAUUCAAUUAUUUUACGAUCUUUCUCUUGCACAUUACUAAUUAAUGAUUGGGAUUUCCUUCUGUUUAUUAUCUUUGGGUUUGUUUUAUGACCAUUUUCGUCUGCAUUUAUCUCCCAUUUCUCCUUUGAGCUUGAUGUGUAUAUGAUAGUUGUUCACUUAUCUUUUAAUCUUUUUGGAAAGGUUUUCCAAUUCGAUUCUCUUUUGUAUAAAAUAUACGCUGUACACAUGUAUAGC